AAGGUUGAGCUGAGUAAAUGGUCCUUUCUACAGCCCCGGCGCACUGCAGGACACUGACCCUGUCCCCUAAUGAGGGACUCGCCAGCUCAAAUCGCAGCCGAUUAUUUUUACGUUCCGCACAGUCAUUUACUUACAAGGAAAUUUACCUCAGCGGGUGCUGCCGUGGGCACCCGUCCCAAAGCACUCACAGGCGGCCCAGUCCUCACGCAGCAGUCCCUCCCAGCUGCAGUCAGAGCAGGAGAUGUUCACCCCUCCGCGUCCAGACUGCAAAUGAAUCGCGCACUUCCGGGUUGGAGCGAGCGGUCGCAUUCGCACUUCGGUCUGCAGGUAGUCCGCAGAAUGAGGCUUCCCCAGUUUGUGUGGACGCUGGGGCUGCUAUUGCCCUUGCUCUCAACCUCCCAGGCGUUCAAAGACAUCUGCAAUGCCAAGCCCAAAGACGUGCCCCUGGAGCCCAGGUGCGUCUACCGCAGCCCCGAGGACGAAGCUCCGACAGGGGACGCUAUCCCGGAGAAAGUCCCUGAGAACACCAAUCCCCGGGUGUGGGAGCUGUCCAAGGCCAACAGUCGCUUCGCCCUGUCCCUGUUUAAGCAGCUAGCCCAGGGAAAAUCCAGCGAGUCAAACAUCUUCAUGUCUCCUAUCAGCAUCUCCUCAGCCUUUGCUAUGACCAAGCUGGGCGCCUGCAACAACACGCUAAAACAGAUUAUGAAUGUGUUUGAGUUUGACACAAUCAAAGAGAAGACGUCGGACCAAGUGCAUUUCUUCUUCGCCAAGCUAAACUGUCGCCUGUACCGCAAGAAAGACAAGACGACAGAACUGAUCUCAGCCAACCGUCUUUUUGGAGAAAAGUCUCUGGCAUUCAAUGAGAUUUACCAGAAUAUCAGUGAGCUGGUGUAUGGAGCCAAACUCAUGCCACUCAACUUUAAGGAGAAGCCAGAACUGUCACGGGUGACCAUCAACGAUUGGAUUGCAAACAAGACUGAGAACAGGAUUCAGAACACCCUGCCGAAGGACUCACUGAACUCCAACACUGUGCUGGUCCUGGUCAACACAAUCUAUUUCAAGGGUCAGUGGAAAAGCAAAUUUGACAAAAAGAACGUCUUCAAGGCUGACUUCUAUGUGAGUAAAUCCAAGACGUGCCCAGUGUCCAUGAUGUACCAGGAAACCAAGUUCCACUACGGCAGGUUCACGGAAGACAAGGUGCAGGUGCUGGAACUGCCGUACCGUGGAGAUGACAUCACCAUGGUGCUGAUCCUACCUCUCAAAGACACACCCCUGUCUGAGGUGGAGGAGAACCUGGACUUGAAGAAGCUGACUGGCUGGCUGCAUAACAUGAGGGAAACCUCAGUGUCGGUGCAUCUGCCACGCUUCCGCAUUGAAGACAGCUUCAGUCUGAAGGAGAAACUGCAGGCCAUGGGGCUCGAGGACCUCUUCAGCCCCAAGGACGCCAGCCUGCCAGGCAUCCUUGAAGAUGAGGCGAAUGAUCUGUACAUUUCCGAUGCAUUCCAUAAAGCAUUCCUAGAGGUGAAUGAGGAAGGCAGUGAGGCGGCUGCUGCCACGGCUGUAAUGGCCGUCGGCCGUUCCAUAAACUCAAACCGGGAGUUGUUUGUGGCCAACAAGCCCUUCCUCCUGCUCAUCCGAGAGUCCACCAUCAACACCAUGGUGUUCACUGGCCGAGUGGCUGACCCCUGUGACCCCUGAUCACUCACUUCAGAUGUGUCAUUCCCCAAUGUAAACUGUCAUGCCAUGCAACUACCUACUUCUGAUCUCUGUAUUGAGCUAAAAUAAACCAAAUGGGAUGAACAGUG